AUGGGCACCAAAGGAUGUGCUGGCGAUCCGGCCUCAGCCGGUAGCAGACCUUCUGGUGCCGAUGUCGCGGAAGGCCUCUGCCAGGAGCUUCUUGACUCCACCUUCUUCCAGGAAAACUGGGAGCGGAAACCCUUCCAUUUCUGUGCUGCAGAGAAGGGAUGCAGUGCCAAUCGUCUUCCAGACGCCUUGUUUGCGGAUGAUUUGGCAGCUGCGGUAGGUCGUGCUGAAGGAAUCAACCUGAAAAUGUUCCGAUCGAACGAGACGAGCGACUUGGAGACACCCUGGCAUUCAUAUUUGGCUGGAUUCUCCAUGGUGAUUAAUCAAGCUGAUCGGCACCUCAAGGUCCUUUUUGAUUUGUGCAAAGGCCUUGGUGAUCGACACUUUCAUCACGUUUUCGCUGUGGUGUACUUGACACCACCUGGAUCACAGGCGGUCCGAGUGCACACGGAUGACCAAGACGUGAUUCUACUUCAGGUUUGGGGAAGCAAGCACUGGACAGUGUACAACGCUCCCACACAUUUGCCCUACACGGAGGAGAUGCUUGGCAAAGAACAAGCAGUGCCAGGGAAUUUGAUCGGGCCCAAAGAGUUGGACUUCACCAUUCGGCCACACGAUGUUCUCUAUAUCCCUCGAGGAUAUCUGCAUGAGGCGGCCACCAGCACCGAAGCCUCGUUGCACAUCACCCUGACAGUGCCUACCAGCGACUAUUGCUGGGGAGUUCAGAUGGUGAAACAGCUCAAUUCUGAGUUAAGGAGUGGGCAGCUGCUGACUCCAGAUUCGCAAUCACUUUGCCAGGCAUCUCUGGCUGAAUGCUUAGCUGGCGAAGCUCCAAAGGACGAGCUGGAUGGCAAGAUUCAGGACAUGCUGUCGAGAUUUUUGUCCAACCUGAGCGCGGAAGCCGUUUUGAAGGGCUUCGAGAGUCGGAUGGCCAAGACUAAUCUUGGGCAGGACCAGCAGUUUUCUCAGCUUUCGGAGGGUUCGGGCAAUGUCUUGAUCAGUCGAAAUCGCAGGGUGCGACUCAUGUAUGGAGUGACCUGCUUCUGCGAGGAAGGUAGCCAAGAAGCGAUCUUUGGACGGGCAGAUGGCCGCUGCAUGCGGAUGGAGAUCACACCUUCAUCUUCCAAACUGAUCCGUUCGCUCACUGACACGCCCCAAUGGGUCAGAGAUUUGCCUUGCUCCGAUAGUUUUGAGCGCUUGUGCAUCCUUCACAUCCUAUUGGAUGCCGGGGUCAUCCAGGUUUUCCUCAGAGGUCCUGAAGAAAGCUUGGAGAUGCCCCAAAGAUGA